GGAGGAAGUUCGAGAGUUGCAAAAAAGGGUAGUACGGUUUACAUCAUGCAGUACGAGGGUUUUAAUCACUGUUGUGAUUGAAGAUUUUGUGUCACAAACAGCAAUCUCUCUGUAAGAAACGCAGCGCCUUUUAACCCGUGCUGAAUAAGUUAAAUUCGCUCACUCCAAGAGUCGCGAUGGAGGAUCAGGAUUCUGCACCCGCUUUGGCGUUUGAAAAGGACGCUUUUGAACUGACAGUGGAAGAUGUCUAUGACAUUUCCUAUGUGAUCGGAAGGGAUCUGCUCAAACUUAGCAGCGGGGGCAAAGAGGUUUCUGACCUGCAGUUUAAAAUUGUCCGGGUGCUGGAGGUGUUUGAAGCUUUAGUGAACCAGUCCAAUCUGUCGCUGGAGGAGCUCAAAAUGGAGAGAGACAAUCUGAAAAGUGAGGUGGAAAGGCUUCUUGGAGAAGGACCGAGUGACACGCAGGGCACGCAAACGUUUGGAACCGACAAGCUGGUGAUUGACCUGAAUGACCCCAACCGCCCCCGCUUCACCCUGCAGGAACUGAAAGACGUGCUACAGGAGCGCAACCAGCUCAAAGCGCAGCUGCUGGUCGCGCAGGAGGAGCUGCAGCUGUACAAGAGCGGGAUCCUCCCUCAAAGUGAGCAGCAGGCAGUGGAAGAGGAAAGGGCUGCCAGCACUGCAAGCAACACUAAAGAAGAGAAGACUGCAAUAAGAAAGCUGUUUUCAUUCAGUAGAAAAUAACCAAAUGAAUGAACACUGCAGAAUGAAUUCAAACUCACCUAGAGAACCACCUGCAUUACUG